AUGGCUGACUUUAAAAAAAUAAAAAUAUUUAUGCUCCAAAACUAAAUAAACAACUUCUGUCACAACAAUUUUUCCCAAUUAAAAUAAAAUCUAAUUAAUUGAAUUGAAUUAUUCUUAAAACAACCACAACGUUUUUAAUAGUGAAUCAACAAAUAGACCAGUGAGUUGUAGGAUGACAGGGAUUGUUCAGUAUGUUGUGGUAAGGGGUGAUUUAUUGAAAUCAAUGCAAUGGCCAGUUGGUGCUGUGAUUGCCCAGGCAUGUCAUGCUUGCACUGCUGUUACUCAUUUAUUUUACCAUGAUGAUCAUACACAGGCAUAUCUUGCUGAUUUGGAUAAUAUGCACAAAGUUGUACUGGAGGCACCAGAUGAAAAAAGUUUGCAUGAUCUUGAAUCAAAAUUAAAAGAAGCAAAUGUUGAUCAUAAAAUUUGGAUUGAACAACCAGAAAAUAUACCAACUUGUCUCGUAGCUAAACCAUAUCCCAAAGAUGAGAUUCAAAAAUAUUUUAAAAAAUUUAAAUUAUUUAAACAUUAAAUACAAUUUAGAUACUAAUUAACAUACCUAAAUUUGUAAAUUAUUUAAAUAUAAAAAACUAAAUUAAUAAAAUAAAAAAGUAAAUACUUUUUUUCAAUUACAAACUU